AGGAGGGUGGAGACACAUGCGCGCUGCCUGCAGCCGCCGCCGCCGCAGUGCUCCGCUUCCCCGGGACAGGAAACCUCCGAGACCGAGCUGCUGCGGCCGCCUGGUCGCCAGCGCCUCUUUCCGCGCCCGCCACACCCUUCUCCCCUGCUCCCGGCAUCUUUGGCGGAGCCCUGCAGGAACGCGGCACCCGGAGCCGUCUCCCCCUCCCGGGGGAAAGCUGUGACGCCCCCCCGCAGGAGCAGCGGGGCGGGGUGGCGGUAGAGGUGGGGGCCCGGGAGAAGAUGGCGACGCCGGGAAGCGAACCCCAACCUUUCGUCCCUUCUCUCUCGGUGUCUACUCUGCCCCCACAUCAUCACAGCCACCACCACCACCAUCAGCACCACGGAGGAACCGGAGCCAACGGCGGGGUUGGGGGAGGCGGCGGCAGCGGCGGGGGCUUCAACCUGCCCUUGAACCGGGGGCUGGAACGCGCGCUGGAGGAAGCAGCCAACUCCGGGGGGUUGAACCUCAGCGCCAGGAAAUUGAAGGAAUUUCCCAGGACCGCGGCCCCCGGGCACGAUCUCUCGGACACCGUGCAAGCAGAUUUAUCUAAAAACAGGCUGGUUGAGGUCCCCGUGGAAGUGUGCCACUUUGUGUCGCUGGAAACUCUUAACCUGCAUCACAAUUGUAUCCGAGUCAUCCCCGAGGCCGUCGUGAACCUGCAGGCGCUGACCUACUUAAACUUGAGCCGGAACCAGCUGUCGGCCCUGCCCCCCUGCCUGUGCGCCCUGCCUCUCAGAGUCCUGAUCGCCAGUAACAACAAGCUGGGCUCAUUGCCGGAGGAGAUCGGGCAGCUCAAACAGUUAAUGGAGCUGGACGUCAGCUGCAACGAGAUCACCGCCCUGCCGCCGCAGAUCGGGCAGCUGAAGUCUCUGCGGGAGCUCAAUGUGCGGAGGAAUUACCUGGAGGUGUUACCGCAAGAGCUAGUAGACCUUCCCUUGGUCAAGUUUGACUUUUCCUGCAAUAAAGUGCUCGGGAUUCCCGCUUGCUUUAGACAGAUGAAGCAGCUGCAAGUGCUCCUCCUGGAGAACAACCCUUUGCAGUCGCCUCCUGCGCAGAUUUGCACAAAGGGCAAAGUGCACAUAUUCAAGUACCUGAGCAUCCAGGCCUGCCAGAUGAAGACGACCGACUCCCUGUACCUGCACACGAUGGAGAGGCCGCAGAGUCAGCAGCACGUGGAAGACAGCAAGAAGGAUUCUGACUCGGGCGUUGGGAGUGAUAAUGGGGACAAGCGAUUAUCUGCCACGGAGCCGUCGGAUGAAGAUGCGGUCAGCCUCAGCGUCCCCAUGUCCAACAUCAAGGAGGAAGAGCAGAUCACCAGGGAGGACCCGCGGCAUCACCUGAGUCCAGCGAAAGGGGAAUUUCGUCAGGAGUUUCCACCCGAAACGUCCCUGCUGGGUGACAGUUCCAACUCAGGGGAAGCAAGAGACCAGUUUACCCGUGGAACCGAUGUUCUCCACCCGGAAUUUGUAAACUACAUGAAGGGCAGGGUGGUGGACUGCGAGGAGCCACUUCGGAUAGAAGAGGACGCGCCCUGGCAGUCCGAGGGGGCGACGCAUCCGUCUGAAGACCCGGACGUGGACAUGGCCGUGACGGGACAGCUGAGAGACACAGAGUUGCUGCAGGAUUCCAACAGAUUGAGCUCAGAGCCCACGGACAGAAGCGGUGUGAACUUUUACCCCAACGAAUCAGUGGGAGCCUUAGAAUUGCAAGAUCCUGCACUCAACGGUGAGCUGCAGCUGGAGGCCUCUCCGGGCUGUGAGGUGCAAGAUGAUCUGGCAUCCCAGAGUAAUGGGAGCGACUACUCUCCAAACGAGAUGAGAGAUACCUUUGCCCCAGUCUCUCCCGCCGCCCACAGUGAAGCCCCAUUUGGCCUGAAGCCAAGAUCAGACAAAGCUAGCCUCACUCUCCCUAUCUCCUUCAACAAACUCACGCAGGCACAGACAUGGGACCGCUCUAGCUACAGCGUUCCAUCUGCAGGGGACAGUGACAAUGUGUUUCUGAGACCUCAGAGAAAUUUGGAGUCUGUAGACCCACAGUUUACAAUCCGGAGGAAGAUGGAGCAAAUGAGAGAAGAAAAGGAACUGGUGGAGCAACUCCGUGAGAGCAUCGAGAUGAGACUCAAGGUCAGCCUGCACGAGGACCUGGGGGCCGCGCUCCUGGACGGCGUCGUCCUCUGCCACCUGGUCAAUCACAUCCGCCCGCGAUCUGUCGCCAGCAUCCACGUGCCCUCACCAGCAGUGCCAAAGCUUAGCAUGGCCAAAUGCAGAAGAAAUGUGGAGAACUUUUUGGAAGCAUGCCGAAAAUUGGGAGUGCCAGAGGCUGACCUCUGCUCUCCGGGUGACAUCCUGCACUUGGACUUUCGUCACAUUCGAAAGACCGUUGACACUCUGCUGGCCCUCGGGGAGACACCCCCACAACCAACUCCUGUCCUCCGCGCCAGGGACCUUCUGAGCCUCUUUCUUGUCCAUGUCCUGUGUGUAGUGCUGAUCUAUGUCACCUACCGCUGCAGCGCCCUGGCCACAUAGCAUCCUGGGCACUCUGCGUGCGCUCUGGCCCCGUCCCUCCUCCACCUGCGCCUUUGCCUCGCAAACUCCCAUCCCUGCUAGCCCUUCAGUAGCCUGUCCAGUGUGGAGGCCGAACAUCCACAAAUCCGAUUUUCCAAAAGCACAAGCCCCAGUGGAGUGCUGUCCCAUUAGGUAACUUACUGUAAAACGAGGACGACAGUGUGUUUGUACCUCUCGCUACCUCAUGCUUCCUCAUCCACGCGGUGCCAUUGGUCCCUCCUCUCCCGCCCGGUGGGAUUCACUGCCCUGGGCAGCGUGCAAGAAGCUUCCAGAGCAGGAGCAAAGGGGAAUAUGAAAAUCAUUCCUUUGCAGUGUUUUAAGUAGAAUCCAACCUAAUUUGGGACUGGGCAGUUGAGCUGCAGGGGAGACAAACAAACAAAAAAAAACCCACUGCAUUUUGGCCCAGUUCGGUCCAUACAAAUCUUUAGUAAAAGCACAACUGACCGAGUUUAAAAAUUCCAUGUGGAGGAUGACCGCUUUGCUGACCAUUCAGCGGGAUUCCUCACUGUUUCCUCUAGUGGCAGCCGCAAGGGGACCCAGGGAGGGGUGCCGCCCACUUCUGCCCUGAGUCAGCCUAGGGCCCUGCUGCUCCAGACAAAGCUGUCCGCCUGCCUGCCUGCCUUUGGGGCAGAAGGGAGACCAGGGAAGGGAGAGGCUGUCUCCGUCAGAGCGCCCCCUGGAGGAUUCGCUUGCACACCAAUUCCCACAUGUCUUUGCUGCUUGCUCUGAGUUAGCCUCUUGCAGGCUCUUAGAAAAGCACUUUCCAGAAGAGAGGUCUAUUUUUACAUACUGUAAUGGCUCAUUUUGGCUUUUGCUACGCCCCAUCGUCACAGCAGGUCCAGAAUAUAGGAUGGAUUUGACUGUAUUUGUUUUCAAAUAAAGCUGUGAGUCAUGGAACAUUCUUGGCCCUGGGGCUUGAGUUACGGUGGCAGGAGCCAAUGAUAAGAUUGUUCUUAUUUUGGAACUGUAAUGUCUCCAGUGAAUUCAAAUGUCCUUGUAACCUUGUUAGCAAGCUGCUUUUCUUUUUAAGUAAGCUUAAAGGAUUAUAUAUUAAUUAUCAAUGUGUCUGCUGCGGGGCCAUCUGAUCAGCCUGUAAUUAAAAGGUAAAACCAGUAGAAUAUUGUCUAGGCCAAGAUAUUCCUUGUUCUGGGGGGUCUUUUUCUAAUAUGAGAAGGCCCUACCCCAAAGUUAACACGGUCUCCCCUAUUUUUCAGUCUGUACCUGCUGCUAAAUAAUGUUCAUUAAACUGGGGAGCUGAUGGAGUUAACUCCGUCAAGAUAAAUUCCUAGUUCACUAAGAUGCAAGGGGCCUUCCCAGAUGGCUACAAAGACGGUAACUUUGUUUUCACGAACAGGUCCAUGAAUCCAGGAGCGUCUAUUUGUAAAGAUUCUUUGUUGCUGAGUCAGCUGAGAGUUUCUAACGGGAGGCGUUCUCUAUGUGAUAAUGUCUCCAGUUAACGGAGCCUCUUCCUUCCGAUGUUGUGUUGGUCGGUGACAUACAGGGUGUGUGGACGUGCCCGAGUGGACCUCGGCCGUGUGUGAACAUGUACUGAAUUGCCUUUGGUGCUCUCUUGUACCCUUCAGUCUGUAACGAAAUAAAGUCCCUUUGUACCACGUCUGCGGAGCCCCCUGCGCCGUAAGCUGCCUAAUAAACACAUUUCAGGUGACUGUUCCGCGUGUUUCUCGGCGGUGCGUGUGUCCGCGCACACCCAGAGUGGCGCUGGGUGUUUCUCCUCAGCCCUGCAAGGCGCUCGGGCCUCCCGUCCACGGUCGCCACUGCUGGUUUCUGCUGCUUCUUUCUGGGGGCGGCCGAGGCGGAGAAGAGAGACGCCUCACUGUGCGGCCACCCGGGAGGAGACGUCAGUAAAACUCGAGUAGACCAACCACGUGAGAGCAGAUGUAAUGUUCCGUGUUGACUUGCCAUUGUUCCCAGCCUGCAUUCUGAUUUUCAGUUGGAGUCUAAAGUAGUCUUUGGGCACACUUUCAUCCCUCACGUCACGACUGGGCCUGCACCCUGACCUGCGGCUGCGCUCGGCGUCUGUCCGGUGGCACUUUCUCAUGCAGUGGCACGGCAGCCAGCAGAACGCAGUGAGUUCAGCCCUUUAGACAAAACUUCCAGCGACCUGUCUCGCCCCUUAUCAAGCUGUUCACUUCUGUGCAGCGUAGUAAGCCCGUCCCUGGUGCUUCCCCAAGCUUCCCUGGCGCCAGCCCCUUGUCCCCGCGUGAUGUUGCUGUCGCCGUGUGCUGGGGAGCCGGGCCGCUGCCUCGUCCCCUGAGAGAUGGUCAGGGGCGGAGCUGUGAGGUUAUGUGUGCAAACUAGAUCUCCCUCAUCGGAUGAGAAAGAACAUUUUUUUUCAGCAUGUCCUUCCCACGCCUGAUAAAAAGAACCAAGUAUUUAUUUACAUUUUCUUUUUGAAACAGAAAGUUCUCUUUCUCUAGUUCCUUUGCCCGGUGGCACAUCCGCUUUCAGUGCCAGGAUUUCCACAACGUGUGACGACUGGUUCCUCUUAGUUUCCUC